AUGGGGCUUGAACAACAAUUCGAUUUGUUCGGAAAAUGGUUCUAUCCUGUGGAGCAAACAUCGGACAACGGAAAUUGUCCGAUAAACAUUUGCGAGCAGACGAAUCUUAUCAUUGAGUCCAUGUUUAAGAGGAAUCACCGACGCCAUCAGCUUACGUGGCAAGGGGCAACUCUUUUAGCACCAGAAGAGCAGCGAAAGCAGACAAGAACCUCCCUUUGUCAGAUAUCCGAAAAUCUAGAGCGAGAUGUCGCAUUUGAUUCUGACAACCGCCCAGUUCUUCUCAGCUUUACGAUACCGUUCCAGAAAAGGUAUCAGGGAGCUCAACAUUAA